GGUUGUCGCCAGCGCCGUCCACCUGCUGACGACCGGUUGUGCUCCUCCUGUUUUUCCUCAUCUUCUGGCACCUGGAGCCUCGUCUGUUCCUCGAGAUGGGCUGCUUCGACGUCUGAGCUGCUGCGGCGUCUUACGUUCCCGAAGAGGCUCCGAGAGAAAGAUGAAGAGAGUCAUUCUUUUCGUGAACGGCACCGUCGUCAAUGGCAAGGUUUUUAUGGUGACAUAUUCCUUGGAUGAAUUAAUGAAAGAAGCCAGCAUGAAAUUCAACAUUAAAGCGCAACGACUCUUUACACCGCAAGGUGGAGAAAUAGAUGACGUUAGCUUGAUUAGAGACGAUGAUGUUUUGUAUGUGUCCAGUGGUGAAGACUUUGCUUGGAGUAGUAGAGAUUUGCAUAACCACUGUAAAAACUCAGACUGGGUAACUCUGAACGUCGGAGGCAAAUGUUUUUCAACUACUAGAAGUACGCUGAUGAACAAGGAGCCUAUGAGUAUGUUGGCCAGGAUGUUUACUGGAAAUGAACAGAAUGAGUGGAGAAUUUUACCUAGUAAAAAAGAUCCAAAUGGAGCCUACAUGAUUGACAGAAGUCCUACAUAUUUUGAACCUUUGUUAAAUUAUUUAAGACAUGGACAGUUGAUAAUAGAUCCAGUAUUAAAUCCUUCAGGCGUCUUGGAGGAAGCUCGAUUUUAUGGUAUUGAAGGAGCUGUCAGUGUUUUAGAGGAAAUGGCCAAGGAAGAGGAGAAGAAGGAAAAGGACACCAUGUCACUUACCAGAAAAGACGUUUUGAAAGCUAUUAUGUCGACACCUACUAACUCUGAACUGCGCCUUCAAGGAGUGAAUAUAGCCGGAUCUGAUCUUUCACGAUUAGAUUUGAGAAACAUCAACUUUAAGUACGCAAACCUGCGCGGCUGCAACAUGUCGGGGGCCAACCUGACGCACUGCUGCCUGGAACGAGCUGACCUGUCCCAUGCGAACCUCGAGGGCGCGCAGCUCGUCUGCGUGAAGAUGGUCUGCGCGAAUCUCGAGGCGGCAAACCUGCGCUCAUGCAACUUCGAGGAUCCGGGCGGGUUACCGUCCAACAUGGAGGGUGUCAACCUCAAGGGGGCUAACCUCGAGGGUAGCAACAUGGCUGCGGUCAACUUGAGGGUGGCCACGCUCAAGCACGCCAUACUAAGGAACUGCGAUCUCAGGUCGGCUGUGCUCGCGGGGGCUGAUCUUGAGUGUUGCGACUUGUCGGGCUCGGAUCUACACGAGGCGAAUCUGCGCGGAGCGAACCUCAAGGAUGCAGCGUUCGAACUGAUGCUCACGCCGCUACACAUGUCCCAGACGAUCCGGUGAUGAGGAACGAGCCACACAAUAGCACACGUAUAAGCUCCGCAAGCUCCUGACUCGCUUAUACUCUCGCUCGCUUUCGAGGAUGGAGGAAAGUGAGAGAGAAUUUAUUGUAUGCGGAGACCAUGAGAUGCUGCGAGAAAGAGAGAGCUUUCACCUUUUCUGUGAGCGUUUGCCUUUUUCGGUCGUAUUGAUCUUUCGGUUUUUUUCGAGAAAGAGGAGCUGCACCGGGAAUCAUCGCGCUGGAUUCGAAAGAUUUCAGUAGCCGACUGGAUUAUUUUUUUAAAGAGAAUGUUUAAAUUCAAUUUUAAAAUUCAAUUACGUCGUUACUUAUCAAAUGCUACAGUAACCGAGGCCAGUCGUUCUGGCCGCAUAGAGAUCGAAAAUGUAAAUUUCAAAUUAUCGCAUCGAAUAAGGCGUCCCUAGAUCAAUUACUAUUUGUUUCUCUUCGCUUCUCAUUUACACGUAAAUUUUUACACAAGCAGCCCUUUCGUAUUCAGCAGGCUUGUUCUCGGCGCUAAAAAUCGAAGAAUAAACUCGGACAAGAGAAUUCUUGCUCGAACGUCGCGAUUCUUCGAGUCGACUGAUUCAAUGAACUGAGGUAAUCUACUGCCGCUUGUUCGUGACUAUUUGUAAACUCUUGACACUCUAGUAGAUUGCAGUGCGAUUUCGUUGUGAGAUAUUUUGCCUUAUAUACGCACAUACAAGCAAAUAACGUUUGGUUGUGAUAAUAGCCGCAUUAUAAGUAUGUAAUGUUUUAGUCAUUGGAGAUAUGUUCAGCAAUUUUAUAUACCAGAUCGUGUAAAGCAGUUUAUAUGAUAUUCUAUGUUUUUGGAGUCGAUGAGUUAAGUUGGCACUUAGUAUUUUCGACCUGUUGUGAAUGACAAUUUUCACGCGAAAGGACUUUAUUUGCUCUACUGCCUAACGAUCCAGAUUUAAUGCAAUUAUAGUUAGUUAAUGUAGUUACUGAAGUUACUGAUUACAUAAUCGAAUUUCAUGCGUCAAUUACGUUUAUAAAAGCGUUACACUAGUUUAGUUUAUCAUCAUCGGAUAAUUAAAUAAAUGGAUUGCAUUUAUUUACACGAGGUCGCAAUUUGAUUGAAUGCCUGAAUGAUAUACAGUGGAUGACUAAUUUCUAUUUUAAUGCGUGACCACAAUCGUCUUCAUUGCUAAAUUUUUAUUCGAUAUUCGAAGUAGUUUUACUUUUACAUAGAAUAAGUUAAUUUGUAAUUAAAAAUACAGAUUAUUAUUAUAGAUAAAAUGCAAUGAAGCUGUGAACAAUAUUCGUGCAUACGUAUAGUUGACAUUUUUAUAUAAGUAUGCUAUUAUAAACGGAACUUUUGUGCCGACAUUAGUUUUUACAUUAUAAUGAAGAUGUAUAAUUUUAUACGACAGUAGUUUUAAAGAAAUUCCUGCCUCUGUGACAAACUAUAAGUAGAGUUAUUUUCAAGUUCGCGCGAUCGAAGCACUUGAAUUUAAAUUAUGUAUACGAGUAUCAAUAUUUUCGUAACUUAAGUGAUGAAACUUAGUUUUCUUGUAAAGGAUUUACUGUGAACAAAAUAGCCUGAUAAUAUGGUCUCAACGAUCUUUACUAUGUAAUAAUAAGACAUUAUAUACAACAACAAUGUAGCUCUUAUCCAUUGCCACAAUAAAUCAUCGCCGCAGGGCGUAAACCUCA